GUUUAGUAAGGUCAAUGGGACAUUGAACGUUGCUUUGGGGUGUAUUGGAUUGUGUGCAGCAACCACGAUGGAUCUCAUGUUGCCGGAGAAAUUUCAGCACAUUCUUCGUGUGAUGAAUACAAAUAUUGAUGGUCAACUGAAGAUUAUGUAUGCUAUUACCUCAAUCAAAGGUGUUGGUCGACGGUAUGCUAAUGUUGUGUGUAAGAAGGCCGAUAUUGAUCUAAACAAACGUGCUGGUGAACUUACUGAAGAUGAGGUGGAGAAACUAAUAACAGUCAUGGGUAACCCAAGACAGUACAAAAUCCCGGAUUGGUUCUUGAAUCGACAGAAGGAUGUUGACGAUGGCAAGCACUCCCAACUUAUGUCUGGUGCCCUGGAAACUAAGCUACGUGAAGAUCUUGAACGAUUGAAGAGGAUAAGGUCCCACCGUGGUAUACGUCAUUAUUGGGGGUUGCGAGUCCGUGGUCAACAUACAAAGACAACUGGACGACGUGGUCGAACUGUCGGUGUGUCGCGGAAAAAGUAGUUGCUAAAUAAAUAAUUUCGGAAACAUCCUUUUUUACUAUCUUGGACAAGAAA